AUGUUUCAUUCUAAGAAAGAUACGCAAGUGUGUUCAGGAGAGACAGCUACCAUGCGACAACGCAGUAAAUCAUGUCACGAAACAACACGUUUCACCAGUACGUUGCCUGUUUAUUUAGCAUCUUCUGUUUGUCUUGGUUUAUACUCUGUGAUAGGUGCAUAUGUAUUCAGCAUUGUUGAGAAACCUCUCUAUGAUUCCAAGGUGCUCAAUAUCUCAGACGUGAAGAACAAUUUGACAUUGGAACUAAGAAGCCUGUGUUCGAAUGAUUCACGUGUCUGGGAUCUGAUUGUUGAAAGAUACUUGCAGGAAUACGACAUAGUCCUCGAAGAUGCUUUCCAACAUGGCGUCAGGCUUCAACUUGGUUACAACUGGGACUUGUCUUCUUCAUUAUUUUUCUGUCUAACGGUACUUAGCACAGUAGGAUAUGGAAUGAUGUCACCAGUUACAAAAAUGGGUAAAAUAAUAUGCAUGUUUUACGCCAUCAUAGGAAUCCCUUUCUUCUUCCUCUCACUCAUGUUGUAUGGACAGCUGUUGACACAUCCAGUGAGGUCAUUGUACAAGAAAUACUAUCGUCUACAAAAGCGAUCAACAACUGUCGCAGCAAGGCUUGGCAGACAACUUUCUAUGAAAUUUUCAAAUUCAACAAAAUUUAACGAUGACUGCGGUAACGCACAUGAAAAUGCAGAGGGUGAUGAUCAAGAUGACGAAGAAGGAGGCGACUUUGGUCUGAGUUUGACAGAUGACGGGUUUUCUGAGCCAGAGGCAGUUGUUCUUGGUAACAUGUGUGACAACACAAUUCGAGCAGGUACUUCGCGUAAUGACAAUACCAUGCCAGAAGACAAUACAUUCAUAAAUCUGACAAUCGAAAACGACAACAGUUUACAUAUUGACCGGCAGGUAUCUUUCAAUGAAAUGGACCAUGACGGAAUCUGGGUUUUAAGUGACGAUGAAUGCAAUGAUUGGACACUUGAUAACCCUAACGGAAGUGGAAACAGUUCAUUAAACAGAAAAACCAUUUAUUCGGAAUCGACCCCGCACAGAGAAGAUUCGUGUACUAGCAGUAUUGUAGAAGUCGACCUCAAAGACGAACACUUAGAAGUUUCCAUAGUUUGGAUAACCAUUAUGAUGUUAGGGUACAUUCUCAUUGGUCCGUUAAUUUUUCAACAAUCUGAUAACUGGACUUACUUAGACAGCGUUUAUUUUCUCGUUAUGACAUUCACAACCAUAGGAUUCGGAGACAUUGUCCCAAAAUAUAAUGCAGAUUUGGCAAUUGUGCAAAUGUUGAAAACUGAGACAUAUCUUUUUACCGGAAUGUUGAUUAUGUCCACCUGCAUUCAUUUAUGCCAAGAGCGAAUUAAAGGUUUAGCUUCACUGAUGUUUUAUAAAGACAAUAGCGUGGAGUGUAAUAACAAUUGGGACAUACAACAGGUACAUUUGCAAGUCUCUCAUGAAGAAGGGCAAUUUGACGAUGUUGUUGUAGAAUAG